AGAGUUAGAGAGGAAAUGCGGUGCAGUGCAGGAAACAGUAUGUUUUAACAGCAACUUUAAAACGCUGUUAUCCAAUGCCUCUGGAUAUCCGACACCUCUGAAUUUGUCUAAGACGGGACUUUCUUUUAUCUGUGGUAACCGGACAAAAGAGAUGUAUCCCUUCCGAGUGACAUUUAUCCUGGCUUUAAUCCUCUUGGUUGUUAAAGGCCAGCACGUGACCAGCUGUGAUGUUUACCCUAAAGAUCCGUACAUUGAGGUGGGAUCGGACACCGAGGUGUUUUGCAAGAGGUGUUUCCCAGGCGAAGUCUACUGGACUCAGGACAAGGAGCGAAUCGACCAGAGUCUGUCAAACACCAUCAACAACCAGACACACUCCGUCCUGUCGCUGACCAACUUCACAAAACACAGUGCUGUGCUGGAGUGCCACAGUGCAGAUAUACACCAAGUCCUGGGGGGCACCAUCAUCAAAACUUACACAAAACCCAGCAAAAUAUCAUGCAUGUUGGAUUAUGAUAAUCAAGAAAACGGAGGUGUACCGGACCUGCUCAAGUGCAAAUGGGAGCAUCAGCAUCGUAAAACAAACUACACUCUAUCUUUCUCCUCGCCAAGCGAUUCCUGGAGUAAGAGCAUCUCGAAUGUAACCACAUGCACCUACCCAGGAGAUGACAUAUUACUGUUCGAGAACUUCACUGUUACUGUGAGAGCUAAAACUGAUGCUUGGGAAGCUGACUCCGACCCUUACGUAUUUGAUCCCUUUAAGAUAUUGAAAAUUAUCCGUCCGAAGAUAAAGGUAUCUGUCGAGUCUAAUAAUCUGAAGAUUGAGUGGAAGGGGUCAAUAGCCAAGUCAAAGGGAGAAAUAAAGUGUCAAGACAAAUACACCGAGGCUGUCGGUAACAAAACUCCAAACGUGUCCGAUAUUACUGUAAAGCCUGGAAAAAAUGUGUUAGUGUAUAGAAAGGUAGAACCCUGCAGAUGCUACAAGGUUUCAGUCCGCUGUGCUUUGGACGGCGCCCCCUGGAGCGACUGGAGCCUGGAGAAGACGGUUCUGACUAAAUUCAAUAAGAGUGAUGUCAAGCUGCACAUGUGGAGGACAGUAACCAAACCGGAUACAAAUGGAAUCAGAAAGGUUCAUGCCAUGUGGAUCCCGAUUCCUGCAACAUGUGAGGGCACAUUUCACUACAAAAUCCAACGGAUUCCCUACAAGCAACACACAACUGGGCUCAAUUACACGGAGACUUCAUGCAGCAAUUCGACUUGUGAUGUUGAACUGAAUGAAGAGGAGCACAGAGUGGAUCUCACAGUGUUCCAUAAUGAAUCUCCGCUCGCAAAGGACUCUGUUUACGUUCCAGCCGCUGCAGGGAGCCUCCCUCAGGUGACUGAAAUCCAGACUUCAGCCGAAGAAGGCGUCAUCCUGGUCAGCUGGACGGCUCCUGUGCAGCCCGUCAGAGGCUACAUGAUCCACUGGACCCACGAUGGAAAUCAAUAUUACUGGAAUGAGACCACAUACACGAACACGUCGCUGUUUGACCUCCUGGAUAAGACGCAAUACACCAUCACAGUGACUCCCUUCUUUGAUAACAAGACGGGUCGUGGCUCACAAGCCGAUCAGAUCUGCUCUCGAAUAGGAGAUCCAGAUAACAUCACUGCCAGUGUUCGACCUUACCACAGAAGUGCCAGUGUGAGCUGGAUCACACAGUCGCAGGAGGAAUGCAGUGGUGCUGUAAUCUAUUACACGGUCUUCUACAGGACCUCUACAACUCCGGAAGGACCGUUGCUCAAUGUAACUGUUUAUAGCAAAAAGUGGGACGUACUUCUAAAAGACCUGAAUCCAGACACCCAAUAUAGCAUCUACAUCGAGGCCACAGCUUCCACUGGAACUUCUAACAGCAGUCAGAGUUUCUUUAAAACCAAAACAUCUGAUCCGUGGAUGAUAACUGUGCUCAGUGUCUGUGGAAGCAUCUCCAUAAUUAUUGUGAUAUCUCUUGGAUUAUGCUGCGCUAUUCAAUGUAAGAAAUUCAGGGAGAAGCCGAUGCCGGAUCCAGGCCUCAGCUCUCUGGCGGAGUGGCUGUUACCACAUCAUCCAAAGGGAAUGUGCCUCUUCCAGCCUUUCAGUAAUCCGUCUGAAAGCUUCUGCGAUAGGGUUUACACAAAGGAAAUGCAGAAAACACCCGACUGUCCAUCAGCUACAGGCUAUUACCCAGAAAGUGACGAGGAUGAGGAAUACAACGCUUCUACCGCGUCUCUUACAUCCAAACUACACAAUGAAAAACCAGAUGAACACGUUGAGACACAUCCGUGCUCGUCUGGAGAAUCCACAGAGCUACUGUCGCCAGGGAACAAACUUCUCGGCCCAUACCGAAGUCAGAGGUCUGUGGAAACACCUGAUCUAAACAUGAGUAAACAAAGUAAGGGUGUUCCAGUAAAACAGUCAGAAAAGAAACCGAUGACUGUUUACGUCAGUUUGAGCAUGUUGAAAGAAGGGCCGGUGAUAGAACCAGAAACAAACUCCAAUAUCCAGGAAUACAUAAGACCUGACUAAAGAUUUCCUAAUUCAUAUUUCCACACUAGUUUGUUGCUUGGCAACGUGUCCACAGAUCGUAUGUUUGUAGCAGCUUUAUGAAAUCCAGCUUAAGUAUUUACCUGAUGUAAAGAAUAUUGUGACAACUGUAUAUGCCUUGAGUAACAGUUUUUCAUUUGAACAAAAUCUAUGUGGACUGAACAUUAUGCACUGUAAAACAUAUUCUUUUUUUAUUAUUAUACAGUUUGAGAUGUUUCUUUGUUUGUUUUUACUGAAUAAUAACACUGGUGCCAACAGUAUUGGGUUGUAUAGUACAGAGGUUGUGUAAAGUUGUACAGUUUAUAUUAUAGGGAAUGAUAACCUCCACCUUUUUGUCCCUCAGUGAGCAAUUGUAAAGAGAGUAAUUGAUAUUUAGUUGUUAACCCCAUAAUAUUAGCUAUGUGUUGUAAUAAAAAUAAGAUUUCCUGUCA